AAAGGCUGUUUCUAAAAACGCAGCCUGCUCAGCCUGAUCGAUAUCCCAUCGAUUCGACCGCCGGUUUCGCCUCUUUCUCGUCGAAGUGCAUCGUCACCUGCGCGAAAAACCUUCGCGUUAUCCGCACGAAGGUAAACCUUCUCUUUCGUCUAGCAACCACCGAAACGGCAUUAUCCCCGGCGUCGCCGUCUUGGUGUCGCGGUUGUCGUCUGUUCCAUACCCAUCGGCCCCCCUCCCCCGGUAUUCCGCGCAAGCUCCGGCCGUUAUUAUUGAUCGAAACAUUUCGUCCGAUGGUCGCCUCAGAAUACCACGAACGGUCCGCACACCGUAAAUAUUCGUUCAGUGCGUCGUGGCCGAGUGACUUACGCGGAUAAAAGCGUAUCCAAAUAGACGGGGGUAUAAACGUGGCCGAACAUGGUCGGAGGAGUGACGGAAGACGGACCUGUGAUUCGACCCGUCGAUUUCGUGUCGACGACGACCAUAGUCGCACUAUGUAUAGGCGCCGUUUUCCUACUUUGCGCCGUCGCGAUGACCUGGUGGCUUUGCCGACGACGUCGCGAGCACACCAAACUGAAUUCCGACAAGUCCCUGGCGUUCAGGCCGCCCCACAGGAAACCGACGGCGGUUAAAAGUCCUGGCAGCACCAGCCACUACUUGAAGAAGAGUCCAAGCCCAACGGGACCAGCGAAAAGUCCUCCAGGUUCCGGUGGGCAAACACCCAGCCCAACCGGGUCUCAAUCGUCCAAUCCUGGUUCACAACCUAGAACACCACAGGGCACAGGUACACCUGCCCAGACACCUUCUGGCGAGGUCACAUUGAGUAUCGAGAAUGAACAACGGGAUAAGGCUGAGAUCGAGAACAAUGAGAAAACGGAACGCGAGAAAAAUCACGGGACAGAGAAUAACAAAGACAACCUCGGCCAGCUGAUGUUCAAACUGCGAUACGUGAGCGAACAAAAUGCGCUCGGGGUGACGGUGGUGAAUUGCAAAGGGUUACCUGCGAGAGAACAAAAUGCCACUAGCGAUCCUUACGUGAAAUUGAAACUGUUGCCCGAUAAGCAGCAUCAGGCGAAAACCAGAGUGCUCAGAAACACCAGAGAUCCUGUCUACGACGAGGAUUUCACAUUCUUUGGGAUAUCGAAGGAUCAGCUUCAGAAAAUCAGUCUACACUUUAUAGUGCUUAGCUUCGAUAGAUAUUCUCGAGAUGAUAUUAUCGGUGAAUUGACAUGUGCACUUUCGUCGGUGCCCGGUUUGGAGGAGGCCGAUAAUCAAGCGAUAUCAUUGUGCCGAAAAAUAUGCCCUAGAAGUCUAAAGAUUCAAUCACAAGGCAGGGGAGAACUGCUCGUCUCCCUUUGUUGGCAACCAAUCAACAGCCGAUUGACGGUAGUUGUGCUGAAGGCGCAAAAUUUGCCCAAGAUGGACGUGACUGGGUUAGCGGAUCCAUAUGUCAAGAUCUAUCUUCUGUAUAACUCUCAGCGUAUCGCAAAGAGGAAGACACGCGUGAAGAAACGUACCCUUAGUCCGGUAUUCAACGAGUCUUUCGUAUUCGAUAUUCCGAAUGGUGCUGAUGGUCUUAACAAUGUCAGCCUCGAGUUUAUGUUGAUCGAUUGGGAUCGCGUUACAAGAAACGAGGUUAUUGGACGACUUGAGUUCGGUGGGCCAGAAUGUCAAGGAUCCGCUUUGAAUCAUUGGAGAGAAGUUUGUAGCUCGCCGCAGAGGCAGAUCGCUGAUUGGCACAAAUUAAGGGAGUAAAUAAAUCUCUCCCGACUCUAUCAAUUUUCCUGGAAUCCCAUCUCCAACUAUCCAAAAAGCCCCACGUCCUUCUCUUGUAAAACCACCAAUCCCCUUGAAACCCUACGAUGAAGUAGGGUAUCUGUUUUGUAAACCUAAUACUCGAUGUAUAUUAGGCUUGAAGCGAGUGGCGGCACGUCCACCCGCGAUCGAUGCAACUGCGGAUGCACCACGUGAAACAUCCAAUCGUUACGUGUCGGCAUGAAGCGAGUACGAAUAGUAACUUCUGAUCGCACGAUAAUUUUCGAAUACAACCAGGCGUCGAUUCGAUAACGAAACUGCACUUGCUUCUCUCGAUUUAGAUACCGAAGAAAUCGAUAUUAUCAACUGAUAUUUUUCGUAUUUUCCUCGAUUCGAAUUGUUUCUACAAAUAAUAAUUUUCAUUUAAUAAAAUUUUUCUUUUCUAUGAUUAAUAACAAUACAUUUUAUGUAGACACUUAUCAAUAUUCUGUUCUGAAAAUAAAUAAUAUCAAGAUUACAACAAUAAUAUCAAUGAAAUUAUAGAUCAAUAAUAAUUGACGACUUACAAUCGAAAAUUGAUUCUUCUAUGUUUCUAGCUCUCGAAAAAAGUAUAACAUUCACUCGAUUAAAGUUGCGAUAAGAAUUAAUAUCGCUCAUUCGUACAUUCAAAUGAUCGAUAUCGUUUUCAUUAUUGAUAUCGAUUAAUCGAAUUUUAAUCAAUUAUCGACCGUCGAUUGCAUCUUCAUUUAUCGCAGUAGCAAACGAUCGCGGGAGAAACGCAUACAAAAUGCUUUACGAUAAAUAUAGUUGUUAAGAUUUCCGACCAGAUGGCAAAGGGAGGAGGAAAAUGAAGCAGUUAAAUAUGAAGCAAUCGAACAUUUGCUGAUUGAUGAACAUCGCUGCACAGGGUCCUAUUAUCGAAAGAUUUGCAAAAAAAAUUACGUUAAAAAAAAAUUUUUAAAUCAGUGAUUCUCAAUUCAAAUUGCAGAUGAAACAUACAUUAAAAUAUUACUAUUGUUAUGUAAAGAAAACGUAAUAUAAUUUAAAAAAAAAAAAAAGUAAGCAUUUAUAAAUUGAAAUUCAUGGAACUUGGUAAAUUUUUUUUUCAAUAAGAAGAAAAAUUUUACAUGACCCUGUGAUCAUGAAAAUCGUCGGGAAGGUGAAUAUGAAUUAAUCGGUAACAGAGAAUAUCGAAAGUCACAUAACACACUCGCAACUAUGUUUAUUUCGCUUGUCGUCAAAAUACAAGAAUCCCUCCAAAGUAUUCAUCAAACAUAUUACAAUAAACGGGAACAAUCUUACAAUAUAAUUUUCUGUCAGACUUUCCUCUUAGCAGAAAGAAAAGAUUCAAGUACUUCAAUUAACUUUUAUUGUUAUUUUUCGAUAUUUAUAAAAUAAAAAUUAAAAAUUUUAGUAGGUAAUAACUUCAAAUAAUAAAUGAAUAAAGUAUAUUUUUUGGAGCGAUUCUUGUACAGAAAAUAUGCAAGCAUCACGAGACGUGGAGGUGAUGCUGAAAACAGUGUAAGCAUCAAUUAAACUUAAAAACAAUAUUACGAUUAUUCGUUCCUGUUUCAAAAUUCCUUGGCUCCACGUCAACUGACGAAUGAUAAUUUGAUUAUUAGAAAUAAGGAAAGUUACGAUUGCUAAACGCAAAAAUCAACGCCAGCUUUUCCGUUAAAAUGUCGAAAAUUUUCGAUAUUUCCUCUUUCGUCCCUCUCUCUCUCUUCUCAAAAUAAAAUUUUUAAAAAGCGUUCAAUAAAGUUCUCAUACUACUUGCUCCAGCAGAAAACGCUGUAUCAAGUAUAUAAUAUAUGUUUACAUAGGAGAGAAAACAUAGUAUAUAUUGCUAUAAAAACUUUAUAGUGCAUUAAAUUAUUCGUAUAUUUUAUAACACUGUUAUAUUCAAUUUUUGAUUUCUUCAAAUAAAUAAUUGAUUUUAUAUUCGUGAAAAAAGUGAAGUAUUUCUUUCUUCACGUUAUUUGUGGAACAGGGUCGAGAAAUUGUGACGUUGUUUUAAAGUGCCAAUGAAGUCGCCAUGUUUUGCGAUUGUAAAUAUGUAACUUACGUUUAAAUAGAAAAAAAGAAUGAUCGAAAUCUUUAUUUAAUUAAGAACUCAUCGUGGUUUCAAUUGCUAUUAAUGAAAAAAUUAGAAUGUACAACUAUAGUUUAUAAAAAAAAUUCCAUUUGCACAGAAUAUAACAAGAAACCGAUAUCAAUCUUGUAGUAAUCUUGUUGAAAAAUUUUUAAUAGUAGUUAAUUAUUAUUAUUAAAUAAUCAUAAAAAUAGCAAAAGUCAGCUUUCAACGAGUGAAAGUAUUAUUAACACUGCUUUACGCAAUCAAAUUACAAAUUAUUUUAAAAAAAAAACUUUGUUAUUUGACAAUGUAUUGAUGUACCUAUUGUUAUAGAUAGAAAAUUAUUUUUAUUCAAUUAAUAUUAUAUUUUUUACUUAUUUGACGAAUUUAAACAUAUGUAUAAGAAUAUAAUUAGGAAGAAUUCUAAUUACAAAUUAAUAGUUUUUAAAUUAAAAUUUCACUGAAAAAUAAAUUAAUGUAUGCGCACGAGGUAUUAAUCAUAAAUUUAAUUGUGUGAAAGAAAUUUCUGCUUACAGAUUCCGUUCGCGUAUACAACACUGAAGUGAGUAACGAAUAUCGAUUAAAUUAUUAUACAUUUUUUAAUUUAACGAAAAAAAAUAAAGUUAAUUUAAAUUUAAGAUAAUUUUUGACACAUAUUGAUUAUAUAUGGAAAUGUGAGCGCUUCAUAAUUAAAAUAACUUUAGAAUUCUUCAGCAUUACCAAUUAUUAUUAAUUUCGAAAUAUUUACUACGUUCAGGGCUUUUUUUCUGAUGAUAUGUUUCUACAUAUAUAACAUGAUAAAAAUUU